AUGAAGCGGCCAGCAGAGGCCCCAGAAGUUGCUGCGAAGCGCCACUGCACAGAUAUGCCCUGCAAGGAGAUGGAAGCCGCAAGCCUUGAUGAGGCCUUCGACAUGUUGGUCGAGAAGUUUGCCAGCCGACCUGCCGUGGAGGACGAUGUCAAGACUUGCUGGACUUAUCGAGAGCUUCAAGAGGCAUCCUUUCGCAUUGCCGCGGGCAUGUUGGCCAACAUUGGACAAGGUGCAGAUCCUCCGAUUGUUGCUUUGCUCCUUCCACGCACAUGUGCCUGGCUGGCUGCCUGUGUGGCCACGAUACGAGUGGGAACACUGCUGGCUUUGAGCUGCGACCUUUGCAGUGAGGAUGAGGUGCUGCGGAACCAGGAGGCCAUUGCAGAGCAUCGCCCCAGGCUUCUGGUCUUGGGGAAGGGGGUUUCAGCUCCGUCAGCUGGUGUACCCUUGGCUUAUGUGGAGGAUCUCUUGAUGACCAAGGCGCCUUUCGAGCAAAGACGCUUCCGGCAUUUAGACGACACUUUGUACUUGGUCUACACAGGCGGCACCACAGCUGCCUCAAAAUGCGUGGUACAAACGCACAGAAUGGCCCUGCAUGAGCUGAGAGCCUAUGAGGACUUUGGUGUCAUGAACUGCGAGGACCGCAUUUUGCAUCACACUUCAGCCUUUUGGGGAGCAACUUGCCUUGGGCUUUUCGAUUUGCCUUGGUCCUGUGGCGCUUGCUUGGUUCUUGUCUCACAGCACGGAGUGAGCGAGGUGGCGCGAGCAAUCAACGAGAGGCAAAUCACGGUGGCAGGUCUUGUCCCAUCGCUGCUGGACGCUUUGGACGAGAAGAAGUGUCGAAGCUUGCGAACGGUCUUCACUUGGGGGGAGCCUUUGAGGCCGAGCACGAUUGAUGCCUGGCGGAGUCGGGUGCAACUGCUGGACUUGCUCAUUGCUAGCGAGUAUUGGCUAGUACUGUGUGCAGACCACCGAAGAUCCGGAGGCUUUCGCCCGGUUCGUGAAGCCCGCCUGACCUUGCUUCAGGCAGAGGACACUGCUUACAGGGAGGUGCCUCGGGAGGUGCCUCCAGGGGAAGUUGGAGAGCUCUACAUUGCAGGACCAAUGGUCAGCGCCAUCGGAUAUGUGAAGACAUCUCUGAACGAAGGUGCAUUUGUCGAACUUCCUGUGGGUGCUGAGGGCUCCCCUGUUCGUCACUAUAGGACCCGGGACUUGGCCCGGUUUAGAGCGGAUGGUACCUUAGAAUAUUGUGGCCGGGCAGAUGGCUUCGCCAAGGUUGGCGGCAAGUGGCUCGACCUAGCCGCAGUUGAGCGGAGCUUGCAAUCCGCUGGCUGCCGUGAAGCAUCACUUCUUUGGGAUGAAAAGGCUAAGGUGCGUCAUGCCUGUGUGGUGCCUGAAAGCUCUCAGCCGCUAGCAGCUUUGGCCACCAAGCUUCAGGAGUGGCGGAAGGCCUUGGAGUUGACAGAGGAGCUCGAUGCAAAGCGCUUGGAAAUUGACGUGAUCUCCUACAACUCAGCCAUCACUGCAUGUGAAAGGGCACAAACAUGGGAGCCCUGGCCACUAGUUAUUGUUUGA